AUGAGAAACUUAUUUAUUUUACCAUUGUUAUUUUUUCUCGUGCAAACAACAAAACAGUCUAAAGACUUAGAUUGGUGGGAAACUACUAUAUUUUAUCAAAUUUAUCCAAGAUCCUUUAUGGAUAGCGAUGGCGAUGGAAUCGGAGACCUGAACGGUAUAACAUCUAAAUUAGAAUAUCUGAAAGAACUCGGUGUAGGCGCGACAUGGUUAUCACCGAUGUUUAAAUCACCGAUGUAUGAUUUUGGUUAUGAUAUUGCUGAUUUUUAUGACGUUCACGAUGAAUAUGGCACAAUGGAAGACUUUGAAAAGUUGAUUGCUAAAGCCAAUGAAUUAGAUAUUAAAAUAGUCCUCGAUUUUGUACCUAACCAUGGAAGUAAUGAAAGUGUUUGGUUUGAAGAAGCGCUAAGGGGACAUGAAAAGUAUUUCGAUUAUUUCGUAUGGGAAGAUGGAGUUGUUGACGAGAACGGAAUAUUACGUCCACCAAAUAAUUGGAACAGCGUAUUUCGAAAAAGCGCCUGGGAAUAUCGGGAGGAAGUUGGAAAGUACUAUUUACAUCAAUUUGUCAUUGGUCAGCCAGAUUUAAACUACCGUAAUCCAGAUGUAGUAGAAGAAAUGAAAAAUGUUCUGAAAUUUUGGUUGGACAAAGGCGUUGCAGGUUUUAGAGUAGACGCUAUAUCACAUUUGUUUGAAGUAGAUAAAGCAAAAUUUGAUGGUAUGUAUCCCGACGAGCCGUUAUCAGGAAAUAAAAUUGAAGAUCCUGAAAGUUAUGAUUAUUUAGAUCAUAUUUACACAAAAGAUCAAGACGAGACAUAUGACAUGGUUUAUCAAUGGAGGGAUAUUUUUGAUGAAUAUAAAGCAAAAGAUGGUCUAACAAGAGUUAUGAUGACUGAAGUUUACGCAAGCCCUGAUGUCACUAUGAGAUAUUUUGGUGAUGGUGAACGUGAGGGUGCUCAAAUGCCUUUUAACUUUGUCUUAAUAACUGAUGUUGAUGGAUCAUCGUCAGCCGCCGAAAUAAAAUACGCUAUUGAUAAAUUCCUUACAUUUAAACCUAUUGACAAAUUGGCUAAUUGGGUGGCUGGAAAUCACGACAAUAGCAGAGUUGCUUCAAGAUUCAGUCCUGAAUUAGUCGAUGGAAUUAAUAUGCUUGUACUUUUAUUGCCAGGUGUGGCAGUAACAUACAUGGGUGAAGAAAUAGGAAUGGUGGAUGGUUAUAUAAGCUGGGAAGAUACAGUUGACCCAAGUGGAUGUAAUACGGACGACCCUAUAAAUUACUGGACUGCCUCCAGAGAUCCCGAAAGAACACCUUUUCAAUGGAACGCGCAGAAAAACGCAGGAUUCUCGUCAGCUGAUAAGACAUGGCUUCCUGUAGCUGAUGGUUACGAAACUCUUAAUGUUGAAGUUCAACAAGCAACAGAAAGGAGUCAUAUAAAUGUUUAUAAAGCCUUGGCUCGGCUACGAACUGAACCAGCAUUUAGACAUGGCAGAUACGAAUCCGUCGCGUUUAAUUCCGAUGUAUUGGCAUUUAAAAGGUGGCAUAAUGGCGAAACCUACGUAGCGGUGAUUAAUUUCAGAGAUGAAGUUUACAAUUUAGAUUUGACCUACUUCGAAAAUGUCACAGGGCAGUUAGAAGUCAUCGUUAGCAGCGUUCAGUCGCCCAAGAGUUCUGGGGAUGUUGUAGAGGCUGAUGGUGUACAAAUUGAAGCACGCGAGUCCAUAGUCUUGAAGGUUGUUCAAUAA